AUGGCUCGUGAAAUCAAAGACAUUAAGGAAUUCGUUGAAUUAGCUAGAAGAUCAGACAUCAAGUCUGCCGUUGUUAAGGUUAACAAGGCUUUAAACGCUAACGGUAAGAAGAUCAAGCAAACCAAGUUCAAGGUUAGAGGUUCUAGAUACCAAUACACCUUAGUUGUCAACGACGCUGCUAAGGCCAAGAAAUUACAACAAUCUUUACCACCAACUUUAGAAAUCAAGAACUUAUAA